AUGUCUACUCACACUGAACUUGGUGCCAUCAUCGUCGUCACCGAACCUAAAGAGGGUGACAACGUAUGGAUUGCCAAGCAGACCGGUCUGGGCAAAAAUCAACCGCCCCGUAAUGGCGAUCCCCGCUCCAACAAAUGUUUCGACUGGUCUUUCGAAGUUGUGACGCUCAGUGGUUGCGUGGACACCGACAAUUUUGGGCUGACGGUCACUGUUUCCGUCAUGGGAUUCAACCUCGGGACCUUUGGUGGUAAUCUGAAGGACGGGAUUGUGGUGAAAGUCGAUCUUUUUCUCGUCUCGGGCGAGAUGAAGUUUUACCUCAAGAAUAGGAAUGAGCUCUGGGUCCAUUUGAACCUGAAGGUCAAGUGGGAUGGCAGUUGGGACACGGAUUUGAAGAUCCUAUCGUUCUGA